AUGGCCGUCAUUUACAUCAUCAUCUACUCGUUGUACGGACACAUCAAAACCCUAGCCGAAGAAAUCAAAAAGGGCAUCGAAGCAUCGGGCACCGGCUCAACCGCAACAAUCUAUCAGGUUCCGGAAACUCUUCCAGCAGAAGUAAUCACCAAAAUGCACGGCGUGAAGUUCGAUUUACCAAUUAUCGACGCGAGUGAAUUGAAAAAUGCCGAUGGCUUUCUUUUCGGUUUGCCGACACGUUUUGGUAAUGUUCCUGCGCAAAUCAAGGCUUUCUUUGAUAGUACAGGAGGAGAAUGGGUGUCUGGUGCUCUUAAAGAGAAAUUUGCCGGCACGUUCUUCUCUACUGGCUCUCAACAUGGUGGACAAGAAACCACCGCGUUCACCUCCAUCACCUGGUUCGUGCACCAGGGCAUCACCUAUGUUCCUCUCGGUUACACGCCCGAAUUGCAAGACAAUACUGAACUUGUAGGAGGUGGUCCAUGGGAAAAGAACGUUGCCCGAACUCAAGGUGACAGAUUUGCAAAGAUUGUGUCUGCCUAUGUCAAAGGAAACUCAUUUUUUAAGGCAACUGCCGCAUAUGCAACAACUUCCACCACUAAUGAUAAUACUCGAACGCAACCAACGGAAAAUACUACUAAUACAAACACUAAUACUGCAACAAAUAACAACACAAGCAAUUCAGCCUCAAAUAUAGUAGCGAAGUGCCUGGUUUUGUUGUGGAAGUUUUGA